AUGUUUUUAACUUCAAAUAAGGAAGACACAACAAACGAAGGCAUUCCAAAUGACACCACAAGUUACCAUUUUUCAGAAAAAGAAAAUAAUGCACUUAUGGAUACAAUGAAUAGAGAUACGAAAGGAGUACUAAGUAAUUUUUUAUUUAAGGAUAGUAACACUAGUGAAAAAGAGACGCAAUUAAAAAAAUUAAACAAAUAUUUUACAAAAUUUUCAUCAAAUGAACAAGAUAUGAAAGAAGAAAAGAUUAAAGAGCAAUAUAAUAUAAGCACUUUAGACGAAUUAGACGAAAAAACAAGUGAGUAUUCAAAAAAUUAUCUAAACUCUUUUAGUGAAAAUGAAUCAAAAUUCGUACAUGAAAAUUGUAACUCUAAUGACGUACCUGAAAAAACAUUUAUAGAUUAUUUAGAUUUAGAUUUAAAUUUAGGAAAUAAAGAAAAUAUAUUUCAAAAUAAUAAAACCGAGAAUUAUAUGACAGAAUUUAAUAACGCUAUGUUUCUUUCGAAUAAUGAUGAAGAUGUUAAAAAACAUGAAUAUUAUAUGAACAAUUAUAAGAGCGAUAAUUUGUUUAGCAAUUCAAAUAAUAUCUAUUCAAAAAAUUCUAAUCACUUAUCCAACCAGUUAAACAACACCGAAUUUAGAAUAGAAAAUGAAUAUGUUAGUGAUAAUAUAAAAGUUAAAGAAAAUAAUAAUAAUGAUAAUAAAAAUAAUGUUCUAUUUGAAGAAGAGGAAAAUGUACAUGUUGAAAUCGGUCAUUGUAGUACUGAUCAUGUUUCAAAUAAGGGGGAACAAAUUUUGGCUGAAAAUUGUAAGGAUAAAAAUAGCCAAACGGGGGAAAGUGAGAAAAAUUACGAACAGAUCAUUCUUAAAAAUGAAAAGGAAGAAAAAUAUGAAAAGGAGGACAAAUAUGAAAAGGAGGACAAGUAUGAAAAGGAAGACAAAUAUGAAAAGGAGGACAAAUAUGAAAAGGAGGACAAAUAUGAAAAGGAGGGUAAAUAUAAAAAAGAAGGAAAAUAUGAAAAAGAAGGAAAAUAUAAAGAGGAAAAGUUCAACGAAAAUGAGGAAUUAAGAAAAAAUAAUAAAACAAGUAAACCAAUAUUAAGUAAUAAAUCAUUAGAAGAACUAAACUAUAGUAACAAAAAGAGUCAUUAUUCAUCUGUUUUUAACGAAACAGAAAAUUUGAUAAACAUUUCUUUUAUAUCAGAUGUAACAAAGAAAAGAGUAUAUUCCGAACUUAGCUAUAAUUUGAGUAAUAAAGAUAAUAAUUUUGAACCAAGUGUAAUAAAAACAGACAUGCUCAAUUUUGAAACGAAUAAGGAAGAAUAUAAUAAUAGUGAUAACAGUGCUAUUCAUGAUAAUAGUGGUAAUAAUGAUAAUAAUGAUAAUGAUAAUGAUAAUGAUGAUGAUGAUGAUGAUGAUGAUGAAGAUCAUAUGAGCAUAAUGAAUAGAUUUGAUAGUAAGCGGAAUACAUAUAAUACAGAAAAUAUAUUUGGCGCGUCAGGUUUAGAGAUAAAAAGUAGUAACUCAGAAUUUGUAAGUAGUAGUAGAAAUAACUCUGAUGAAAUAAAUGAAAUAGACGAAAUAGACGAAAUAUUUAAAAAGUACAAAAUUGAAGUGUCUCACUUAUCAAAAUAUUUUGAUAUCAAUAAGAACGAAAAAAGAGAACAAAAGUUAGAAGGAGCAUCAGGUAUAGAAGAGAAUGGAAUUAAGGACGAUCAACAUAAUAGCCACAGUAACAGAAGCAGUGAUAGUAGCAACCAAAGUAGUGGAGGCACUAUCAGAAAUCGUAGCAGCAAAAGCAACCUCAACUGUAGCAGAGACAGAAAUACAGAAAGAGACAAACGUAGUAACUGUAAUACCCUCUUUGGGGGUGAUGAGAUGAACAAGGAACAAAAAUACCAACAUUCGAACAACUCAAGUGAGAAUUUACUUACCCAAAAUAAGGCAGAAAAAAAAGAAAAAGUAAGCAGUUUAACCCUUAACUGCUUGGACAACUUUAAAGAAGAACCAUUAAAAAAAAUUGCCUCAGAAAACUUUUCAUUCGAAGAAGAAUCGUUAAAUAUGGAAAUAAAUGAAACAAAUUAUAUCACAGAAGAUGUUUUAACAGAUAUACUAAAUGUGAAAGAAGAAAAAAUAACAUUCGAAAUUUUUAAAAAUUGUUUUUCAGAUUUAAAUUAUGAUAUAAAAUUGUCCAGCAUUCAGUUAUUAUACGACUGCAUUCAUGAAUAUUCUGCUAAUGAUAAGAUGAAACCAAGUGGCAUAACCGACAUUGGCCAUUUUGAAAAGGUACAUAUGACCACAGGUAACAAAAAUAGUAGAAGUCGUAGAAGUAGCGGAAGAAUUGGAGACAUCCGUGAGGACGAAGAGAAGAAAUACAUAACUGUUAGUGAUAUAAGAUCCUAUAUUAUUGAAAGGAAUGCUAAAAAUAAUAACUACUACAACGAAAUUAUCAAAAUGAUUGUUCAUUUUAAUAAUAUAUUGUUAUUAAUGUUGAACAACAAUGAAACCGAAGUGAAAGACAAAAUAUUAUUUGAACUGCUUUCCUUAAAAUUUGCAUCAAUUUUUAAUGAUAUACUUCAACUACAUGACAAUUUUGACAAUUUGAUAAAACAUUUAAACGAAAUUAUCAAACUAAUAUUAUCAGAUGAUUCGAAGAACCAAAAUUUAAAAAAUAUCAUAUCUAAUUAUUUAAACGACCACAAAAUAUUAAUUCAUAAAAAUGAUAUACUAUCACAGAUGAGUUCUAGGUUAAGUGGGGAAACGAACACCUCCAGUUUUGCAGAUAACGCGGAGGAAAGAGGAGAAGUGGAGGAGCUUGCGGUAGAAACAGUCAAUGGAGGAGCAGCUAUCAAAGGAACAGCAAUCGAAGGGAUGAAAAAAGUCAAACAGAGAAACAAACUUCAGAAGGAAAAACACAAGAACAACGCGACGGUAGAAUAUAAUAGCAGCACAAACGGUAAAAAACAUACUAUUGGCACUGCUACUGCUGCUACUGCUGCUACUGUUGCUACUACGACCAUUAAUAAUAGUAGUUGUAGUAGUAGUAAUCAUAAUGUGGGCAUCAAGAAGGGAAAGACAAGCUUCAUGACUAGUGCCGAAGAGAACAGCAAAAAAUCAAUGAAGAAUUUAAAUGAUACAGAAAAUAAUACACGAAAUUUAACAAAAGACAUUAUCAUGAAUGAAAUAAACCAUACAAUUGAAUUUUGUCCAAAUAAUGAUUUGAAGUAUGAUCCUAAAUGCGCUAAAAAGAAAAAGAUAAAAACUGAUACACACUUUUUGAAAGAUGUUGUCUCCGAUGAUAUGGGUAGCAGCAACUACAGUAGUAGUGUUAAGGACAAGGAUGAUAAACAAUCUGAUGAUGAAAAAGAAGAAAAAAAUGUAGAUGAAGAAUACGAACUACAAGGACGACCAUCACAAGGCUUUAAUGCAAAGAGAAACAAUCUACAUCGAAACAUCAAGUUAAAUGGAUCCAUAAGUACAAACGUAGAUCAAAUGAACAAGUUAAAAGAAAAGUCAGAAUUAACCCAAGAUGAAAGUUCACAGGAGGAAAACAAAAAGGAGGCGAAUGAUAAUGAAAAAAAUAAAAAAGUAAAGAAGGCUAAAAAAAUUACAAAGUUCGAAAAAUUCGAAUCCUGUAAUAAUAAAAAGAGCGAAAGUAACUCUAAUAGUAUGCUAGAGAAUAAGAAAAAAAUAGAGUUAACUAAAAAUAUGAAAAAUAAAAACAUUACAGAAAACAUAAAAAAUAAUGAACACAAAACGGGAAUAGAAAUCCAAAAAUUGGUAACAAGCAGGAAAACUGAAAAGGUUAUUAAAAAUAUUGAUGAUAAGAAAAACAUCGAACAUAAAUUCACUAAAAAUUCUGAAGAGAAUAAAUAUAAAAAGAAAGUAUUCGCUCCAGGUUAUUAUGUAGGUAGCAAAAUACAUGGGCAUGAUCAUAUUAGUACUAAGAAAAAUAGAGAAUUUUCAACAGGAAAUAUUAAUUAUUUGAAAUAUAGUACUAAUGUUAACAUGCAACACGAUAAUAAUUAUAUGAAGAGGUUUAGUUCAAUAAACAACGUUACAGCUGCCGUCCUGAACAAGCCAGGUUUAUAUGUAAAGCAGCCAAGCAAACACAGCAUUCAGAAUCCUUUAUUUGCCAAAAAGGGGUACAUGUUAUUGCCGAAUCUGAGCAAUAUGAAAAACAGUAAUAUAUAUAAUAACAUAUGUAGUAGUAAUAAUAAUAAUAAUAUAUAUAACUAUAACAGUAUUAAUUAUCCAUCUAACUUUGGCAUGUACCAAAGCAAAAGUUAUGAAAACACACCCUUAACCAUUUUGUCUAAUAUUAGCGAAAAUUAUAAAGUGACGAAUAAUAAUUAUCAAAAUAAAAAUGCUAAGAAGAAUACUCAUAACCUUUACUGCGCGAAAGAAGUAAAUUCAAAUAAUUAUCUAUGGAGUGACGAAAUGAGUAAAAAGGUAGGUACCGCAAAAGAGCAUUCUGGUGGUAUUUACAAUUACAGUACUAAUAUUAAUGUUCUCAAUCCUAGUCAACUUGACCUUAAUAAAUAUGACUCUUCUUUUAUACACCCUAACUCGGGAAUUAUGAGAAUAAAUUCUACAAGUGAACAAAAAAAUAACAAUGAUUAUUUAACUUCAAAAAAUUUAAAUCAAUGUACCGACGAAAUGUUAAGGGAAGACAUAAAAAAUAAAAUGGUAGAUCCAAAUGCACGACAGCUGGAAAAUCGCGGUGAUGCAAAUUUGGUAGGAAAAUUGAAAACCAGUAUGCAAGAAAAAAACGAAAAUAGAGAAAAUAGCGAAAAUAGAGAAAAUAGCGAAAAUAGAGAAAAUAACGAAAAUAGAGAAAAUAACGAAAAUAGAGAAAACAGUGAAAAUAGCGAAAAUAGCGAAAAUAGCGAAAAAAACAAAAAAAAACAAAUAAAACAAAUAAACGAAAAAAACGAAAUAAACAUGUCUAACGGUGCCACUUCUAACAAAAACUAUGGAAACGAUUUUUGUGAAAAAAAAAAAAAAAAAAACGACGUAAAUGAUAGCAAAAGCAAUAUGGGCACAACCAAUAGGAGAAAAAUGAGUAAUGAGAAGAGUAAGAUGAAAAGCAUAUCAAAUUUAAGUCAUAUUAGAAAACAAACUCCUUUUGAUGACAAGCGAUACAGCAGUUGUUACAAUAGGAUGGUAAAUGCUAAUGUGUAUACCGGUUUUAAGAGAAAUCUCAAUAAUUCAAAUGAUAAAAAUACCAUAUUUUUGCAUUCAAAAGGAUCUAAAUUUACUAAUAGGUAUUCUAACCCUACAAAUAAUGUGAACUUACUAAAAAUGGCAAAUGAAGGUGGAGUUAGCAACGGUUUGAAUUCUAAAUCUAGUACGUUUGAAAGCAACUUUACAAAAUUGACCAAAAAUUAUGUAAAUUUAUCAAAAGGAAAUAAGAACACUCAUGGGAACGAGGAAAAUAUGAAGGGGAAUGAGGGAAAUACAAAAGUAAGAGUAACAAAAUCUGUGUACAACCGUUUCACUGAAAUAGUUACUAGCAAAAUAAGAAAUUUCACGCUAUUGAAUAGCAAAUCUGUUAGAUCUAGUGUGGAUAAUGAAGGAGUCUCCCUAUCAAAUGAUACUACUAAUGAAAAAGAGAAAAAUAUAGGCAGCUGUAAGGGAGAAAGUAAUAUCUCAGGUACUGGAAGAAGCAACGAAAAGAAUAACAGUGACAAUUGUAAUGGAGUUGGCAAGGUCAAAAACAAACGCAAAAAUCAUAUUAGUAACGAAAAAAAAGGUAGUAACCUUAUGCAUUUUAUGGGGCAGUUGAACAUUUUUCAAAAUAAGUGCACUUCUGCCAAUUAUAGCGUAGCUGAAGGGGAGCAAAGCGAAAAUACAAAUGAUUACGAGGAGAGUGAAGAAACAGAUCAUUUUAAUAAAGUCAAUGGAAAUAAAAUAAAAGGAGCUAGUGAUUCGUAUGGGAAAAAUGCAAAUAAAAAGAAUUACAUCAAAUUAUCAAGUAACAAAAAUGCAGAAAAUUAUAUGGGAGACAGAAAUGAAAGCAAAUUAACUAAAGUGAGUAACUAUCUUUGUAGUAUAAAAAAUUCAGAUAAUAUAAAUAGAAUUAAAAGAAUAUAUAGUGGGAAAAGUGCAAUAAGAAGUGUUACAAAUAAAAGAGUACAAGAUAUGAAAAAUGGAGACAAUAUAACUAAUCACCGAAAUAGCAAUGUGCAAGUUUUAAGUAGUCACAUGGAUGCUAUGAAAAAUGUAAAUAAAAUAAUGAAUAGCAACAAUGAAAAUUUCACGAAAAAUUACAACGAAAUGUCUCGUAACCUGAUAAUAAAUAAUGAUAUUAAUAAUGAUGAUAUUAAUAAUGAUGAUAUUAAUAAUGAUGAUAAUAAUAAUAAUGAUAAUAAUAAUGAUGAUAAUAAUAAUGAUGAUAAUAAUAAUGAUGAUAAUAAUAAUGAUGAUAACUAUAACAACAACAACAGUACGUUGCAUGCAUAUAAUAUGAAUGUCGAGAAUUUGGAUACUAAUUAUAGGAAAAAUUACGACACAGUAAUGGUAAACAGAAGUUGUCAAGGCAUGGUAAACAUGAAAAAGACGAAUUCACAUUUUGUAAAGUAUAAUAAAUGUAAUGGUGAAUUUUUUUUCCCUUUUCAAAAAAGAAAUAGUACCUUACAUAAUCCUUUAUCAGUUACAAGAUUUUUUGAUAAUAAGAACAAAAUAGCAAAUAUAAAAACAAAAGAAGAGGAAUGGUAUAUGCAUGAUAUGAAUUCAAAGCAAAUGUCUUAUUCGAGUGAAAAUAAGAAGCUUUUUAUAACUGCAGAAAAGGAUGAUCCAUUGAACAACAAUAGAGGAAACAACAACAUCUAUAUGAGUAACAGUAUUAGAAGUAAUAACAUAGAACAAUAUAAUAUUGACAAAAGAAAUUGUUUAAACACUUCUAUCGAAACAAAGCAAGUUGAGAAGGAAAAUAGAACUGUACAUAUGAACAAUAAUGCAUUCAUGAAUAGACCUGCUUUCACUUAUUCAAAUGAUUACCCCCUUUUUAAAAAUAAGUUAACAUCUUUACACACGAAAAACAUUCCAACAAGUACCUUCAACUAUAACAUCACACCAGAUAAGGUGGGUACUAGCUGUGUUUUGAAAAGCGCUUCCUUACAUGAAAAUGGAAUCACGAGAUCGGCUUACCAAAAUGUAGACAAAAAUGUGUACCAAAAUGGAGGGAAAAAUGUGUACCAAACUGUAAGUCAAAACAGUAUGAAACCAUUGAACUACUCAAAUGAGAAAAAUUCCAGGAAAGACACAAGGUCCUUAUACAAAAAGGAGGGAAACCUACUUAUGUCUUCAGAUACUUCAAAUGUUGCAAAUGCGUCUAACACUUCAAUACCUUUGCGAAAGGAUGCUACCUCUGAUUAUAUCAAGAAUAUGUCGUCUGUUGAUGAAAAUAAUUUAUCCGUAGAGCAGAUUAUGAAAAUACCUGGGGUGAAAUUAGGCAAGAACUAUGUUCAGGGUAUUGAUAUAUGCUCUGAUUGGUUGAAAUUUAAUGACUAUGAUAAAAAGGUAAUUGAACAAUCUUUAAAAAACAGCCUUGAAAAUAAAAAUUACAAAAACUUUGUUAAUUCUAUGCAAUUUAAUAAUACCUUCUAUUCACACAUAAAGUAA